AUGACAAUUACAGGAAUGGAGACUGACACUGUAAGAAUCAAAGCUGUGGAGAAAGAAACCACUGAGCUGCAAAAGGAACGUGACAAAAAGAAAAGGUCUAGAGUUAAACAGGUGCUUUCUGAUAUAGCAAAGCAAGUGGACUUCUGGUUUGGUGAUGUCAAUCUGCAUAAGGACAGAUUUCUUCGAGAACAAAUAGAAAAGUCUAGAGAUGGAUAUGUUGACAUAUCACUUCUAGUUUCUUUUAACAAAAUGAAAAAAUUAACCACUGACAGAAAAUUGAUAGCACGAGCAGUUAAAAACUCAUCUGUUGUAGAGUUGGAUUUAGAAGGAACUAGGAUCAGACGAAGGCAACCACUGGGAGAGCAACCUAAAGAUGUGGAUGGUCGUACAGUAUAUGUGGAGUUGCUUCCUAAAAAUGUCAAUCACAGUUGGAUUGAACGGGUAUUUGGGAAAUGUGGCAAUGUAGUUUAUAUCAGCAUUCCUCGUUAUAAGACUACCGGGGACCCAAAGGGAUUUGCGUUUGUUGAAUUUGAAACAAAAGAACAAGCAGAAAAGGCAAUUGAGUUCUUGAAUAACCCACCUGAAGAUGCACCAAGAAAACCUGGGAUAUUCCCCAAAACAAUUAAAAACAAGCCUGUUCCUGCAGUGACUACGAGUGAUUCUAGUGUUGUUGAAGAAAAGAAAAAGAAAAAAAAGAAGAAAUCCAAAUCAAAGAAGGAAAACAGCCAGCAAGCAACUUUGGACACAAAAGACUCAAACAUGGACACUACUUCAGAACACUCAAGCAGAUCAAAGAGACACAGAACAUCAGAAAGCCCUGAAAUGGAAGCAUCAGAGGCUCAGUGGCAUUCUUCAAAAAGAGAGAAAAAGAGAAUAGAAAACUCAGGGUCUGGAGAAAGCAGACCAGGGAAGAGGAAGCGCAGCCACUCUGGGGAUGUAGAGGUGUCCUCUGUAAAGGUAAAGAAAACUACUCAGAAAGAUAAUGUACAUUCUGCACGCGAGGGAUCUACAGAAGCCCCAGAGGAUUCCAAGGAACUUUCCACGGAAGAAGAAAGGGAGAGUGGAAGUAAGAAAGACACAUCUCUUUCAAAAUCCAAAAGGAAGCAUAAGAAAAAACACAAAGAGAGACACAAGAUGGGAGAAGAGGUCAUUCCACUGAGAGUGCUUUCAAAGAGUGAAUGGAUGCAACUGAAGCAAGAGUACUUGUCUUUACAGAAAGCCAGCAUGUCAUCUUUGAAAAAAGCAAUGGCCCAAAUAAAAAACAUGACUGUUGAGGAAAUGGAAGCCGAUGACUGUAAACCAAUCCAGACUGGAACAAGCAAUGGAAAAUCAGCUACCUGUGCUGGUUCAGCCCCUGCUGAGAAAGCUCACACAAUGGGGCCCCAGUUUGAGGGUGGAGUAAUCGUGAAGAUCAUUAGUCCUGAGCCUCUGCCUGGCAGGAAGCACAUCAAGGACACAUUAGCAACAUUGGCCGAUGUUGCUUACGUUGACCUGUUGGAAGGAGAUAAUGAAUGCCAUGUGCGUCUUAAAACUCCUGAAGAUGCACAGACUGUAGUAAAGUCAAAUAAAGAACUUCAGGCUAAAAACAACUGGCAACUUGAGAUCCUAUCAGGUGAUCAUGAACAGAGAUAUUGGCAGAAGAUUUUGGUGGAUCGACAAGCGAAGCUCAAUCAACCACGAGAAAAGAAACGGGGCACACAAAAGCUAAUUGCAAAAGCUGAAAAAAUGAGGCUGGCCAAGACACAGGAGAUAAGCAAGCACAUCCGUUUUUCUGAAGACGAGUAAACCAGUCUG